AUGUGUAAUGAGGAGCAGAGCUUCCUGUGUGAUGGAGCUCAGAGACCAGAGACCAGAGACCGAGACCGGGGGACCGGGACCACCGGAGACCGAGACCGGAGACCGGAGACCAGACCGGGACCGGGACGGACCGAGACCACCGGAGACCAGAGACCGGGACCGGGACGGACCGAGACCACCGGAGACCAGACCGGGACCGGGACGGACGGACCGGAGACGCGUGUCCGCGCUAAGGUGCGUGUCUGUGCCGCGAGCUGCUCGGUAGCCACGGUGGCCAUCUGUGAGGAGUGCCAGGACUACUUCCAGAAGGAGUGUCCGUCCCACGCCCCGCUGUUCGUCCCAGAUACUCCUGCAGCCCCGGGGUCGGCCAACAGGGCGGCGCUCACGGUCCCACCAGGCCUGGAGGUCUUCACCGAGGGGGACCACGUGGAUGUACGCUGCCUGGAUCCAAACAUCCCCAAGGGGGCGGUGUUCGGUCCAUACGAGGGAGAGCUUGUGUCCAAGGACAAAUCCUCCGGAUUCUUCUCCUGGAUAAUUGUUGAUUUUAACAACACGUAUCAAUCCAUCGAUGGCAGCGAUGAGACCAAAGCCAACUGGAUGAGGUUUGUCCGAACUUCGUCGGAGGAGAGCGACAGGAACCUGACGGCGUUUCAACGCGGUAAAAGCAUCUUCUUCAGAGUCAGUCGGUCUCUGGCGGCGGGAGAGAAGCUGAGGGUUUGGUACAGCGACGACUACAUCCAACGGCUUCACUGCGUCUCUCAGGAGAGCAUCGACCAAAACCUGGACUCAGAUACCAGGAAGCUGAGAGACUUCAACAUUCAGGAGGACUUUAAAUCUCCCUGCCUGCAGUCGGCUCUGCAGAGCAAACCAAGCCCCAGUAAACAACCCAGCGAGGAGUCGGACUGCCAGCCUCCUGCCAAGAGGAAGAAGAUCGACCUCAUCUUCAAAGACGUCCUGGAGGCCUCUCUAGAGGACUCCAGCAAGUCCAGGUCCCAGUCCUCCCUCCACAGUGAGUGUAAAGCACCAGUGAUCGGGUUAAACUCGUCUGAGGGCGGCUUUAACGUUCCGAACCUGAAGGUGGAGGAGAAAGAGGAGGAGAACCAGAGCGGUGAGGAACCCUCCACCUCCUUCUGCCCCAACUGUGUCAGACUGAAGAGGAGGAUCCAGGAGCUGGAGGUGGAGCUGUCCCGUGUCAGAGGAGAACGGGGGGACGCCGUCGGUCCACCAAUGUCUGGACGGACCCUGAGCCAACAAGAUCAGGCCCCGCCCCCCUCUGAGCAUCAGGCCCCGCCCCAUCCUGAGCAAGGCCCCGUCGAGGACUUUCAAGGGAUGGAGCCCUUGACGCCCACUCAGGUGGUUCUGGAUGACGACGACCCGGAUGUUGACUCGGCUGAUGAAUCGAUUGCUGCUGAUCUUGUGAUUUCUCCAGAAGACUCAAUGAAGCUUUCCUCCGGAGGAGGCCGACGGAUUCGUCGCUUCAAGCAGGAGUGGCUGAAAAAGUUCUGGUUCCUCCGCUACUCGCCAACUCUCAAUGAGAUGUGGUGCCACGUCUGUCGCCAGUACACCGUCCAGUCAUCCCGAACCUCUGCCUUUAUCAUUGGCUCCAAGCAGUUUAAGAUCCACACCAUCAAGCUCCACAGCCAGAGCAACCUCCACAAGAAGUGUCUGCAGCUGUAUAAGCUGCGCAUGCAUCCGGAAAAGACAGAGGAGAUGUGCAAGAACAUGAUACUGCUGUUCAACGCGGCGUACCACUUGGCCCUGGAGGGACGGCCCUUCUCCGACCUCCGUCCACUGGCGGAGCUUCUGAAGAGGUGUGAGCUCAAAGUGGUGGAUCAGUACAUGAACGACGGAGACUGUCAGAUCCUCCUCCACCACAUCGCCCGGGCUUUGAAAGAAGACCUGGCUGAGAAGAUGCGCCUGUCUCCCUUCCUAAGUGUCAUCAUGGAUGCCCAAAAUGACGACCUUUUCUCAGACAUGGUAGCAGUCUACGUCCAGUUCAUUACCAAUGAGGGCUACCCGAGCACCGAGUUCCUGUCCUUGCAGAGACUGAGCAUGGCCAGUGUGGACGGAUAUCUGCAGGCUAUGGAUCGAGCCUUUGGUGUCCUAGGCCUCAGGUUUCAGGACUUGCUGGUGGUGGGUCUGGGGGUAGACGGCACCAACAUCUCCUCAGGAAUGAGAGCCAACCUGUACAUAGCUGUACAAAAGACUUUUCCUUGGAUCCUCUGCCUUCCUAUCAUGAUCCAUCGGCCCCAUCUGGAGGUGCUGGAUGCCAUCAGUGGAAAGGAGCUUUCCUGCCUGGAGGAUCUGGAAAACAACCUCAAGCAGCUCCUCAGUUUCUACCGCUACUCCCCUCGCAUGAUGGCCGAGCUGCGAUCCACCGCUCCAACACUGUCGGAGGAGACAGAGUUCCUUGGAGACAUUAGAGCCAUUCGAUGGAUCAUCGGAGAACCAAACGUCCUUAACGCGCUCAUCAAAGAUUACCUGGAGGUAGUCGCCCAUCUGAAGGAGAUCAGCAGCCAGACGCAGAGGGCUGACGCUGCAGCCAUCGCCCUUACCCUCCUCCAGUUCCUCAUGGACUAUCAGUCAGUCAAGCUCAUCUACUUCCUUCUGGACAUCAUAGCUGUUCUCUCACGUUUAGCAUUCACCUUCCAGGGAGAUUACCUGCUGGUGUCACAGGUGGAAGCCAAGAUAGAGGAGGCCAUUCAGGAGAUUGGUCAGUUGGUGGACUGCCCCGGAGAGUAUCUGCAGGAAUUUGAGGAAAAUUUCCGUGAAAGUUUCAACGGCGUUGCUCUGAAGAACCUGCGAGUUGCAGAGUCCAAGUUUCAGUCCAUCAGGGAAAAGAUCUGCAACAGGAGCCAGGGCAUCCUGUCUCAGAGGCUGGACCUGCAGAGCCGCACAUUUGCCAAAGCCUGCAAGGUCCUGGACCUGUCCACCUGGCCCCACAACCGGGAGGACCUACAAACUUAUGGGGAGGAAGAAAUCCAGGUGAUAUUCAACCAUCUCGAGUCCAUUCCCUGUGGGGGUCAAGAGGGCUCCCAGGCCAGGAUGGAGGCCAGGGGCAGCCUGGUGGUGGAAUGGAAAGAUCUGAAAGCAGACUACUACAGUAUGAACGGUUUUAAAGAGGUCAUCGCUCACAUCUGCAGGUACAAGCAGCGCUUUCCUCUGCUCAAUCGGAUCGUGCAGGUUGUAAGGGUCCUGCCCAGUUCCACAGCCUGCUGCGACAAAGGCCGAGGUUCUCUGCAGAAGAUGUGUAGGAACAAUCGCUCCCGGCUGACUCUGGAGCAGAUGAACGACCUGCUGACCGUGGCAGUUAACGGACCGUCUAUGGCCAACUUUGAUGGGAAGCGAGCGUUGGACAGCUGGUUUGAGGAGAAGUCUGGCAGCAGUUACUCUCUGUCAGCUGAGGUGUUGAACAGGAUGUCAGCCGGGGACCAGAAGUCUGUCCUUCACAGCGUUGAUGUCAACACAGAGUUCUACCCCGACAUCUAACAGACAAACCCAGUGGUGUAGAACUACAGCAGAGUAAUAAUACACUAAUACUAAGGAAGUAAAGAAGUCAACCAGUGAUUCCAAACCAGGCUACUCGUACCCAAAGAGGUACUUCUGCAGUUCUUCUGCUGAUCUUUAGUAGUUAUUGUCACAAACUUACCGACUAUGAUAUUCUGACUGCAAAGACGGAAAGAAGUCUCUGUUUUCAAUUCAGUCAAUUGUAAGUUGAUUGAGACUGAGGAAAGACUAGUUAGAAAAAAGACAACAACAAGCUCAAAGAGAAUAAACUGGAAAUGUUUGAAACAUCGAGUUUCUAGCAGUAGAAAAAAUGCAAACUUGGCCUAAACACAAACAAUUAAUAUAUAGACAAAAGAGAACUAUAUCGGGAACCACUGUUCUACAUCACUGGGCAAACCUCUGUCUAUGAGAAUGUGUUCCCAUUCAGCUGGAGGGUUGGAUUAUAAAACAGGCCUCCGAAGGGUUCAGAGGAAAAACGAUUACAAUCAGACUCAAAGUGGCUUCAAAGACAGAAGAGACACAUAGAAGCGAAAAAGGGACAAAAAUGAACCAUAGAGAUGCAAAAUGGCUACAAAGAGACACAAAAUGACCACUAUAAGAUGCACAACAACUCAAGAGACACAAAACCACAACAAGGGACACAAAACAACCACAAAGACGAGACGUGAAACGACCACAAAGAGAUGCAAAAAAGAUCAGAAAUGCAAAACAAUCACAGAGAUACAAACCGGCUACAACGAGACGUAAAGUGACCACAAAGACAUAAAAAAAAGAAACCUUACAAAACACAAAAUAACCCACAGAUGCAAAAUGACUGAAGAAGAACACAAAAUACUUACAAAGAGUCGUAAAGCGACGAUAAAUGAGACAAUAUGACAAUAUGAGACGUAAAACAACUACAAACUACUCCACAGCUGUUUUCCUGUUUUAAUGUGAAUGUCCAGAGACUCGCUGUCUCACAGUCCGUCUGUGUUCAGCUGGACGUUGAACUCUUCUUUCUCUCACUGAUGAACAUCUUUGUUAAACGGAGGGCUACUGAGUUUCCAGCACUAGAAAUACUAAAGCUAGUGUUGUCAGAAUAGAAGUCGGUUCUACGUUGGGAACAAUCAGUCAGUGUCCAACUGAACUAUUGAGCCACUCUUUGCUUCAGCUGAUUCCCCAAUAAGACAUUGAGUCCUGUAGUGUUGGGAUGUAUAAAGGCUUUAUAUUUCUAUAAGAAGUGCAGACAUCCCGGCCUCACACUGUAGAUAUUGUACAAACUGUAUAUUAUUCUAAGUGCUUUUGAGACGGUUUUUAAGGAGACUAUUUUUCUCUUGAAUGAGAUGAUUGUGCCAAAACGAUCGAAUGCAAGAACCGAAAGAAAAAGGUGCUAUCCUGCUCUGCCAUAAUGCAUUCAGCCAUAUUCAGAUGUUUACUGCGAGGUGUAUAUUUGAAAUAUGUUCUUCAUCACUGAUGCAUCUGCUUCAUGUUUGGGUGUUUCAGCCACAGCUCAGGCUUUAAAUGAUUCAAGGUUUAAAAUGCAUGAUGAUACUAAACUGUUACUUUAGUCGUGUUUUAUAAUAUUAAGAUGCCUGUAUUUCAGAAAUGUAAGAUGAGACAGGAUGAGAUCUUUCUUUUCUUUUUUUUCUACAAAAGUUUUAAAAGUGUUGCUUUGUGUCCUAAAGUUAAAGAAAAGGUUUGACAUGUUGGGAAAUAUGCUAAUUUGCUGAGAGUCAGAUGAGAAUUUGUAAUAAGUGCCAUUUGAACAGAAAAACUCUUAAUGUCAACCUUGGACAUUUAAUUCUGAUGAGAUGUCGGGAAUCUUUGACAACAACAAUAUUAUCGGUGGAAGAUCUUUUGCUCAAGUAAAGGUAGGAAUACCACACAACUAAGUACUCUGUUACACGUUAAAGUAUCAGCAUCAAAAUGUUCUUAAAGUACCAGAAGUAAAAGAAAAAGUGCUCACUAUGCAUUUAAAUAUGCCCACUCAGAGUUGUAUGUAUUAAUUCAUUUGAAGAGUUAAAAUUUACUGUAGUUAAAUAAGUAGUCAAAUAUGUAUAUUUGACUACUUAUUACACAAUUUUAAAGUUGAAUUUUUAGUAUAUACUUUAAACUGAUCAGAUGUUUUACAUUGCAAUAAUGAAAUAAUCACAUGUCAUGUUUUCUGUUACACUAUUAUAACCCAUAUUAUUCUACAUACCUUAUAUAUCUCUAUGUUUCCUGUCCUCUCGGCUGACUCCAGGUCAGUGUCUCCACAGGUUUAAAACUCAACAUGUGUCGUUCAUCAGUUCUGGUUUUGAACGAGGCUCUUUGUUCGGAUGAUUUAAUCUGACACACUCACAGAAACCCUGUGAACACAAUCCUCCUCUAGAGAAGCUGCUGAAAUGUUCCUGUCAGAACUUUCUGUUCAUAAACCCUCGAGAAUAAAUCUCCUCACGUCUCAUCUCACUCUCAGCAACAAAGUGUUUCCUAAAGUUUGCUGUUUGGUCGAUCCUUUCAUUUCUCUGAGAGAUUAAACCUGAACGCCUUUGUUUUCAUUCAGAGAGUAUAUGGAGCAUGUUGUUAUCGUAUGCAUGUAGUUAUUACUGUUUUUGAAGCAUAACCUUUGUUUGCAGGAAGCUGCCUGAUGUGUUUCAGAUAUGAGUGUUUUUUUAAAGCAUUCUAUGAGCUGCGUGGAGCUCAGAUCACAUUUCAUUUCUGUCCAAAAACAUGUCUGAAGCCAAUAUUUAGCGCUCUGCCUUAUUCUGUGUGUUUUACCGGCUGUUUGUGAUCUAAAUACCGACGUUUGGCUGAUUGUAAUCUGACUCCAGAGCUGACGGAGUCGCCUCUUAAGUUGUUGUUUCUCUGCUGGAGUUGGAUAUGCAUUUUUUGGUUUCCAGAUGAACCAAAAGAAAAUGACUUGUUAAGAUUUCUCUGUUUCUUCUGUUUCAAAUGCUUCAAACAAAAUACACAUUAAAAGACAUUU